ACAAAAACGCUGCACAGGAACAAAAGAAGAAGGAGAAAUAAAUAAAUAGAGCAGAGGAGAGAUAAGGACUGGCAGCUUCUGCGAUUGCUGGGCAGCAUCUCGAACUGGGAUACUGAUAGACACGGCACAGAGAGGAUAACGAGAGAGAGAGAGAGAGAGAGAGAGAGAGAGGUAUCGAGAAAAGAGCGGGGUAAGAGAAGGGAAAAAGCAACCGAGAGAGAGAGAGAGUGAGAGAGAGAGAGAGAGAGAGAUAGAUAGAGAGAGAGAGAGAGAUAGAGAGAGAGAGCGAUGGGUAUCGGUACGGAACUAGAGAUCGAGCCCCAGGAACCCCAGCAGCCUGGCUCCAGUUUGCCAGAGGAGACCCCGCCAGCACCCUCUUGCAGCAUGGAUGACAACACCCUGCUGAAAACCUACAAGUGGCACACCGGCACAAAGCCAGGCGUCGAGGGAUUAAAAGCCGAGGGGGUGAGCGGGGAGAAGGGGGGCACCAAGUGGGCCAAGAUGCAAACCUGGCGCAAGGCUCUCAGCGAGGACUCCGGGAGCGACAGUGCGACAAAGCGGAACAAAAACGUCAGCGCCACAGCGCCCCCUAGCAAAGCGGAGGACCCAGCCGGCGGCCAUGAAAAGCCUCCCCGCAAGUCGCCCUUCAGGAGAGCCCUGUCCGAGCCCCCCGGGUCCAUGAUGGCAGUGAUGAGUUCCAGCAAGGAGCAGCAGAGGAGCCCAGAGGGACAGUCCCCCAGCGAGGGGCCCCAGCAAAAGGGGGCCCUUCUCCGCAAGUACCUCAGAUCGGUAUCCCAGCGCUUCCGCAAGCCUCGGGCUCAGAACAAACCAGAGGCCACUGCAUCCAUGGACAUCAGCACAGACGAGCCUGCGGUUGCCCCCCUCCCCCUUCACCUGUCCUGGGCCCCCCCUCAGGAGGUGCCAGUCUGGGACAUUAGUAGCUGCAGCCUGCUGGACGGACGCAUGGUCAUCUCACGUGAGGAUGAGCCAGUCUAUCGAAUCCGGAACAGAGUGAGCAGCUGCCUGUCUCAUUUAAACCUGGCUGGGAGUCGCUGCAAUCUGGAGGGUCCCACUGAAAAUGCAUCACCUUUGGGUCAGAAGCCAAAGGGCCAGUCUGAGGGAGGGGUCAAGGGGAUGAUUAUCAGGAGGUUCAAGCAGGGUCCUCUUGCCAGGAGCAGCAGUCAACUGAACGACGUCAAUGGCUCCUUAGACAGCGUGAGGCCGGCGAGUGUCCUCGGUUCGCGGGAGUCCCUGACGAUGCCCGUUAGCAUGGCAGAAAGCCUCGAUCUGAGCAACGACAAAAACAUCGUCAUUCGCCCGCUCCACAGCAGCAUCCUGGGGGAGAAGUACUGCUUCGAGGUGAUCAACGCGGAGGGGAGCCGAUGUUUCGGGUGCACAUCUGCAGCGGAGCGAGACCGCUGGAUUGAGAACCUGCGGAGAGCAGCUCAGCCCAACAAGGAUAACUGCGAGCGCACGGAGAAUAUGCUGAGCUUCUGGGUGAAUGACGCCAAGGACCUGGCACCCAAGAAGAGGUACUUCUGGGAGCUGCACCUGGACGGGAGCCUGUACGCCAGGACCACCAGCAAGACGAACACCACGGGCACCCUCUUCUGGGGGGAGCUGUUUGAGCUGGACAACCUGCCCCCGGUUUCCCAGCUCACCCUGCACCUCUUCCGGGACGAGGAGAGCAAGAAGAAGUCCAAGGAGGACAACUCUCCUCUGGGGAGCGUCUCCAUCUCGCUCCCCGAGCUCACCGGGAGGCAGUUCGUGGAGCGCUGGUACCCCGUCGCCGGGCACUCUGGCAAGGAGAGGAACAGGGAGGGAGGGGCGGUGGUGGCGUCUAUCAGGAUCAAGGCCCGCUACCAGAACGUCAAGGUCCUGCCCAUCGAGCAGUACAAGGAAUUCGCAGAGUACAUCACCUUCAACUACAUGGAGCUCUGCACGGGGCUGGAGCCAGUCAUCUCGGUCAAGGAGAAGGAAGAGCUGGCCUGUGCUCUGGUGCAUGUGCUGCAGAGCAUUGGCAAAGCCAAGGAUUUCCUGAAGGACCUGGGCAUCGCGGAGGUGGAUCGAUUCGGUGAGAAGGAGUCCCUGAUCUUCAGAGAGAACACGCUGGUCACCAAGGCCAUCGACGAGUACAUGAAGCUGGUGGGGCAGAAGUACCUGAUCGACACGCUCGGGGACUUCAUUACCGGGCUGUACCAGUCGUCGGUGAGCUGUGAGGUGGACCCACAGAAGUGCUCCCCCAGCGAGCUGCAGGAACAGCAGCAGCACCUGCGUAGCGGCUGUGAGGAGGCUUUCCAGAGGAUUACAGAGGCCUACAGCUCAUUCCCAGGGGAGCUGAACGAGAUCUUCUCAUGCUGGCAGGAGGAAUGCUCAAUCCGGGAGAAACGGGACAUCGGCACGCGGCUCAUCUGCGCCUCGCUCUUCCUGCGCUUCCUGUGUCCCGCCAUCAUGAGCCCCAGCCUCUUCGGCCUGACGCAGCAGUACCCCCCCGACGGGACGGCCCGGACCCUCACCCUCACCGCCAAGGUCAUCCAGAACCUGGCCAACUUCACCCCCUUCGGGGAUAAGGAGGAGUACAUGCUGUUCAUGAACGAGUUCCUGGAGCAGCACUGGGAUCGGAUGCGCGCUUUCCUGCAGGAUGUCUCGAACCCGGACAGCGAGGUCCACAUGUCUCGCUUCGACGGCUACGUGGACCUGCCACUUCAACUGUCCAUUCUGCACGAGCUGCUGUGCGCCAUCAUAGCACCUAUAGACCAGCCCGCCAUCGACAAGCUGCACCCGCUCCCUUCCGUCCUGAACAGGAUCACAGACUCGCUGGGCAGCAGCGCUCCGAGAAUAAGCAUCGGCAGCAUGAUUGUUGAGCAGAGCAAACCGGUGUACGUGCCUCCCAAAGACCUAGUGAAGUACAGCCCGGUGAACAACUCCAUGCAGCAGAUCUACUGCGAGGACAAGUACCGAGCUCUGGGCAAGGAGCGCAGGGCAGUGCAGCGCACCCAGAGCGUGCCAGCCAGGAACAAGACUCACAAGGGCCUCCCUGCCCGCCAGGCCAGCACGGAGGAGCUACCCCCCUAUCCGGAGACCCCCCAGCUAGACAUCUCCUACCCAGCCAGCAGGCAGGACCGCCAGACUCAGGACCAGGCUGGGAUGAAACAGCUAUCCAAGACCGUUCCCUGGAUUAACCCACCUCCCGAAUCCUUGGUAGACAAGAAAGAGAAUGAGGGAUUACACCCACUGGAAAAGCACGAUCAGGAGCUGUCAGAACUGCGCAGAGAUCUGGACUCAGCGGCAGACAGAGAAAUGGAGCUGGCAAAAAGGCUGGAGGACUUCAUCGCUCAGAGCCAGGACCAGAAUGCACUGCUGCACAGCCAGGUGCAGGAGCUGAGAGGCCAGCUGGAUGCCAGGGAUGAGCAGCUCGCCAGCACCACCUUCAGGCUGGGGGUGAUUGAAGAGGAGCGGGGAGAGGAUCUGGACAAGCUGAGCGCUGCCUCGGCUGCUCUGGAGAGAAUGAACAUGCUGGAACAACAAUACGCCGAUUUGGUUAACGUCAUUAACCAGCUGAAGGAGGCUCAAGCGUCGAAUCAGACCAGCAACCACGUCGCUCCUUCAAACCCCGAGAAGGAACCACUAGAGAACAGGGAUGAUGAGACCAAGGGACCUUAGCUCUUUCUACAAGCAUUCUCCAGGGGCACCUCACAGAUGGACCCAAAACAUUCUGGCAUUCUACCCGGGCGCCUAAAGCCCUCCACAUCAUUCUGAAAUGCCGCGAUUGAAUUUAUUUAGGGUGUACAAUUUCAAACUUAAUCUGCAGCAGAUUAGAAUUGUUACAUUUGUCCUUUGCUGUGUAAGCAUGAAGGAAUCCCUGAUGUAGUUUAAUUCCUCGAAGGAGCAUCAAACUGCAUACAAAACCAAAGCACAAGCAUCUAUGAAGUUAGGCAGAGGCAUAGGCUGGGAUAGGAUGGUGUUUGAAUUCUUUAUCACUGUUAUUUAUUAUGAAUAUAAGCCUUGUGCUGAAUCUGUAUCGUCCGUCAUCUUGAAGUGCAUUAGUGACGUCGACCAAUACGUUGGACCACACACACAAUAUUUACUAUUAAGCACGGCCCUAUAAACACACAGCUUCACACUGUAGACUAUAGAAGCACCCAUCACUGCAGUGUAUCUGCAUUUGGUAGCAUGUGGAUGCGUUUUAGCCAGGAUCGGUUCAUUUCAGCGUGAUACAGCUUUGCAGAUCAGCUCUCCCUUAUUGUUUUGUUGGGAUUCGCUGAUUCACAAACCUGGUUCAUUCCCAGUUAAGCCAUGUUGAUUGUAGAUUGCCACACACUUGACUGCACCAUAAUAUUGCAUGCAAAUGUCUCUUCGAUAAUUCCCUGCUAUUGAUAUUUGCAUGAUUUUUUUUUACAUGCAAGUCAGAUUGCGGGACUGUUCUGGAUGUUGUCUUGGGUAGUAGGAGUUUGAAUUUAUAUAGAAACAGAGUCCUCAAAGGCUGGUCCAGCGAUGGGAAGAGUAACACAGCCAGCCAGUGGGGUAGAGAGAGGGGAGCAAUCAGCAUUGUGAAGUCAAUUUACAACUCCACCAAGGAAAUCCCAGCCCCUUCAGCGUUGCAACCAGAGAUUUUUUUUACAAAUGCAUCUAAUUUUGCCACCAUGUAAUGUAUUGAAGAUUUUCUUUUUCUUGAAUAAUGAACCUUGAUCAAAGUUUCCCAAUAACGAUUCUAUUUCGAGUACCGUAAAAAUCUGUGUAUAAGUCGCACCAGUGUAUAAGUCGCGCCUGCCCCUUUUUGAGACAACAAUUUCAGGAAGAAGCCUAUAGGGCACACCAGUGUAUAAGUUGCUUCCCCCCUUUUAGGACCCCCUAAAAACACCUAGAAAAUAGACUUAUACAAAGGUUUUUACAGUAUGUGAGUAUUCGAGGACUCGCUAUAACUCUACUGGUACAGCUGUAUUAUUGUCACGGUUAUGAUGGAUUUCUGUUAAAUGUAUCCAGUGCUGUGCAAUAUGUAGUUACCUGUGAAAAUUCCUAUUUCUGAAAUAAGUGUAACUAUGCCUAUUUUUUAUUAAAAUAAAUACAGAAAAUGUUUGCCUUAUUGACGCACUACCUGUUUAUGUUAAAGUGCAUCAGGAACCUGGCAGCCGGUUUAGUUUGCUUCCAGUUAAUGCUUGGGCACACUGCAGAGAGCUGCACGAUUUCUUUGAAAUGUCUUCAACGAAAAAGACACCAGCUGCAUCAAAGAUCGGAAAUAUUUCUACUGAAGAUCACUCUGUCAUUGUAUUAUUAUUAUUUUUUUACAUGUAUUUAUGUUUUUAUUUUGGUUACUAAUUCACUGAUGGUGAAAAUAGAAUGUUUAAAAAGCAGACGUAAAAAACAAAAUAUUCCAAAAUUCUGCAUUUACUGUUCAGGAAAGCAUUUAAACAUUUAGAAACAUUUGUUGUACAAUAACUCUGGAGAAAAUGGUCAAUUUGACAAUGUGACAAAGCUAUCUAUUUUUCUGCUUUAAUAAAUAUUAUGUUAUUAUUCAUGAAAUAUGUUAAAAUACCUAUUCUAAAGAAUGCCGUUUUCUGUCAUGAAAGAAAUGCAGCCCUACCUAUUGGGCAGCAGGUUGAUGGCUUGGAGGACUGCAUUAGCGAGCGACUCUGCUGUGAGAUGAAUAGAUGGAUCAAUAAAUAGCAACUAGGGCAUUGUUCAUUGAGGUGCAGCACUGCAUGGAAUGAAGCAGAUUCAUGGUUGUGGGUUGCAAUAUGUGAAGAUGCAGUUGUGUAAUAUGGGGAUUCAUUUCAGGACUUUAGGUUGGAAACAUGGACAGUGAUUCCAUUACAGAACCCAUAAUGAGCUAAGAAGGUUUUCUGGGAUGAACUGCAAUGCUGAAGUGGUCAUGUCUUUCUGAUCUUGAUUGCAUUUCCCUGCUUCUCAUGCCAUGAUGCCUGCAGCUGGUUCGUUGUUUGUUAUCAUUUAAUCACUUUUAUUAUACAUGUCUUCAAACUCGUCUGUAUAACAACAUGAAUGAUGCUUUCAGGGGCUGGGAAAGGAAGGGAAAAAAAAAAACCUUGUAGAUUAAAUUGUGUUUUUUAUCAA